AUGGCGGAUUCGCCGGCCAUUGAGGACGUGGCCGUGGUCUUUAGCCAGGAAGAGUGGCCUCUGCUGGACUUCGCGCAGAGAAAACUCUACAAGGAGGAGGCUGAUGCAAAGCUCUCCGUGGAAGACAUGGUGCUGUGGUUGAUGAGGAAUAAAGCCUGGAGCUCCAUGCUAGAGGACAGCUCAGAAGGGUAUGAAGAGAGCGAUGAACAGAGAAGGGCACAUGCUAGAUCGGAUCCGUGCCUGCGUAAAGAAGGUGGACAAAAGUGCCAUGGUCCAGAUGACUGCCUAUCAUCCCCUGCAAGGGUUUCUGUCGCCAAGAAACCUGCAGCGUGUCAGAUGUGUGGAAAGAACCUUGCUGACCCCACAACCCUCAAGACGCCUGUGCCAACCCUCUCCAGUGGGAAACGCUAUGCGUGCAGUGAGUGUGAGGCCAGUUUCUGCAGCCUGGCCUCCUUCUCUGCGCACGUGAGGAGCCAUCGGUGUGAAUGUCAAGCACAGUGUAAGACUUCUAAACAGCCUUCUUCCACCCGUGUUCUGGGUAAGAAAUGCCGUAAGAGACAGAAGAGCUAUGAGUGUCAGGAGUGCGGGAGAGCGUUCACAGACUCCUUCUCCCUCACACAGCAUGUCCGGAUCCACACAGGAGAAAAGCCUUACGUCUGUGAGCAGUGCGGGAAGGCCUUCAGCCGGUCCUUCUCCCUUACCACCCACGUGCGCACACACACCGGGGAGAAGCCCUACAGGUGUGCUGAGUGCGGGAAGGCCUUCAGCCAGCCCUCGGCCCUCACCACCCACCGGAGGACACACACGGGGGAGAAGCCCUACACGUGCAAGGAAUGCGGCAAAGCCUUCAGGUGUUCCUCCUUCCUCACCAACCAUGUCCGCAUCCACAGUGGAGAGACGCCCUACGGGUGUCCAGACUGUGGCAAGGUAUUCCGUCAGAUCUCAGACCUCAUCACCCACCGGCGUAUCCAUAGCGGAGAGAAGCCUUACACGUGUCAGGAGUGUGGGAAGACCUUCCGCUGCUCCUCGCACCUGACCACCCACCGGAGAAUCCACAGCGGGGAGAGGCCUUACGUGUGCAAGGAGUGUGGGAAAAGCUUCCUGGAUUACUCCGCACUGACGAAGCACGUGAGGACGCACAGUGGAGAGAUGCCAUACACAUGUCAGGAGUGUGGGAAGGUGUUCAGGCACACCUCAAAUCUCACCACGCACAGAAAGACGCACAGCGGAGAGAGGCCAUUCGCCUGCCAGCAGUGUGGGAAAGCCUUCAGCCGUUCCUCCCACCUGACAGCCCACCAGAGAACCCACAGUGGAGAGAGACCCUAUGCGUGCCAGAAGUGUGGGAAAACCUUCACGCGGCCCUUCUGCCUCGCAGAACACAGGAGGACCCACAGCGGGGAGAGACCCUACCCGUGUCCACAGUGUGGGAAAGCCUUCCGCUGUGCCUCGGACCUCACCAAGCAUGCCAGGAUCCACAGUGGAGAGCGACCCUAUGCCUGCGAGGAGUGUGGGAAGGGCUUCCGGCAGGCGUCCAGCCUCCACACGCACAGGAGGAUCCACAGUGGGGAGAGGCCCUACUCCUGUCCACACUGUGGAAAAACCUUCCGGUGCACCUCGCACCUUGCUGCACAUGCAAAGACACACCAUGGGGAGAUGGCCAAGGCCAGCAAACCCUGCCAAGGUUGA